GAGAAGCCCACCACCAGAACUUACGGCUACGAUCUUCAAUCGCUCCUUGCCCUCCUCUCGGUUCUCGGAGAUAAACCCUAGUCCUCAACGUUUUGAUAAGAACAGGCAUGGGGCGCAGGGGCUCUGAAUCUCCAGUUAGGGACCGAAGGUCUCCUCGUAAGAGGAGCCCCUCUCGGAGUGAAAGGUCUCCUGCUCGGCACAAGAAUGUGGAGAAGCCUUCAACUCGCAAGAGAUCACCAAAACGUGCAAGGUCAAGGUCCCCUAUACCUUAUUCACAGGUUAGAGAGAAACCCUCUAGUCACACUAGAUCUCCACAACGCAGGAAAUCAGCAUCUCCUGUAGCGGUCAGACAAAAGCCCUCAAGCCAGACCAGGUCCUCAAAACGUGCAAAGUCGAAGUCUCCACCACCUUCUUCUCCUACUAGAGAGAAACCUUCAAAUCGAACCAGGUCCCCUAAACGUUCCAAGUUGAGGUCUCCAAUGUCUCCUUCACUGGAGUUGGGAAAACCAUCUAAUAGAGCCGGGUCACCCAAACGUGCCCAGUCAAUGUCUCCUGAAUCUUAUUCACCUUCCCCGCGGACUAAAAGGUUAAAGAGAGCUCAAGCUGGACGAGAUGAUGAAAAGGGGAGUGUGAAGGACCAUGAGAAAAACCGUGUUAGUAAGGGUGAUGGGGCUACACAUAGAGAAAGAGAUUCAGACAGGAAUCUGCCAAUUGAGAGAAGAGAUAGGUCAGGAAGAGAUGCAGUUAACAAAGAGUCUUCCAGAUUAAGACGCUCCGCUUCACCAUCUGAACGUCACUACAGGAGUCGGCAGAGAUCUAAAUCUCCUCGAGCUUCUGAUAACAGAGAACGUAAUGAGGUAUUUGGUGAUAUUCACUCCCUCAACCUGAUUCAUCUACCAGUGGUAAAAGCAAGUAGGAAAAUGAACAUUUAUUUUCAGUAUCUUUUUAUAUGUGCAUCUGUAGAUGUUGUAAACAAUAAUAUAGAGGAAAAGAAUAGGAAAUGCAGUAUAACACUGCUGUUCAAUGAGCCUCCAGACGCCCGAAAACCAGAAAUAAGGUGGCGGUUGUAUGUUUUCAAGGGUGGUGAAGUGCUGAAUGAACCUCUCUACGUGCAUCGUUUGAGCUGCUAUCUUUUCGGGAGAGAGAGGAGGGUUGCUGACAUCCCUACAGAUCACCCAUCUUGCAGCAAACAACACGCUGUUCUUCAGUAUCGGCAAGUGGAAAAGGAGAACCCAGAUGGUACCAUGUCUAAGCAAGUAAGACCGUAUUUGAUGGAUCUUGGAAGCACAAAUGGGACCUUCAUUAAUGAUGAUCGAUUAGAACCACAGAGAUACUAUGAGCUUUUUGAAAAAGAUACAAUUAAGUUUGGGAAUAGUAGCCGGGAGUAUGUGCUGCUACAUGAAAAUUCAUCUGGAUGAUGCUCGAGAAGAUGACUUCCAUUUGUCUCUGUUACUUGGCGGCUAGAAUGAUAUGGAACAAUUUGUGCCUGGAGAAGUCUCAUUAACCAUGCCAAAGUUGAACAUUUUGAAGCCAGAACGGAGUGCUGUAAAGUCUUGUUUAUCUUCACAGCCAAUGUUUAUUCGAGUAACUAUUGUACCCAUUUUGUAAACUGCGACUAUUUGAUGGAUCAGAAUUUCUAGGUUUACUUCAGAGUGAAAUUCAAAUUGUGUUGCAAUAAACACCAAGUGAUGAGCAGGUACUGGAGGGCGGUUUUGAAUUGUACAGAGGAGAUUAUGACUUUAUAUUAUUGAUGCUGUUACAUGGCAUCUGAAGUUAAAAUUAAAAUUAA